AUGCCGCAAGGAGGGCCAUUUGACAAGUCAGCCAUACGGGCAGACGUGGCGCCCGUCGCUGCUCAAAAUGAAUCCAAACUCUCUUUGGCGUUGAAGACAGCAGAUGCGCCAGACGCGGCUCUGGAAGAUCGUGAUAUUGCCAAAGAGGUGGAUGCAAAGCUAGGAACCAUCAAUGAUGAUAAUAACAGCUUUCAGGGGCUGAGACCAAGGAGGCGUUCCGACGAAAUGUCGCAUUCCUCAUAUUCCGACUCCGAUGACGAUGAGGCGCAAGACUUUGAGAUUCCCCUGGAACCAGAAAACGAAGAGAAUACCAGCGAUUAUAUUCCAGGAGGAUACCAUCCGGCAUAUAUAGGCGAAUAUUAUAAGGGAAAGAGAUACAAACUGGUGAGAAAACUGGGUUGGGGCCAUUUCUCGACAGUGUGGCUUGCUAAAGAUACCGAAGACAACAAGCAUGUUGCCAUGAAGAUAGUCAGGAGUGCGAAAAAUUACCGCGAAACCGCCAUAGACGAGAUAAAGCUACUUUCUAAGCUGAAUCAUACGGACCCCGAGCAUCCAGGACACCAGCAUUUGGUGAAACUGCUGGACUAUUUCGACCACCAAGGAGAGAAUGGUGUGCACAUUUGCAUGGUGUUCGAGGUAUUAGGAGAAAACUUAUUGAGUUUGAUCCGGAGAUACAAGCACAAAGGUCUUCCCAUCAAGUUUGUGAAGCAGAUUGCUAAGCAGGUGUUGCUUGCCAUGGACUUUUUGCAUAGAUUGUGCGGUAUUGUGCAUACAGAUGUGAAGCCGGAGAAUGUUCUGCUUGAGCUAGAAGAUGUGGAACAGAUUGUACAGUUUUUAGAGAAUGCACAAAAACAGAGAAAGGAGAUGCUCAAAAGAGUCCACUCAACUAGAGUGUCAUCUGCGUCUUUGGGCGACCAGACAUCUCCUAUUGAUAUCUCUGCUUCUAUUGACGAGGCGAAUGACUUCCCGAGAACCAUGUCUCGCAAAGGCCGUCUAUCCAGAAGACAAACUUUAAUCACUGGUUCGCAACCACUACCAUCACCAUUACGUUCGAAAAGCAACUCGUUUUUUGUUUCUCCACUGGACACGAACCAGACGUUGCCAGGCACCACUCCCUUCAGAGGCUCUGUUUCCAACUUUGAUAUGGAAGAUCUUUCUGACAACCACUCGAGAGUGCUGGAAUCUCUUUCGUCGAUCUCUAUAUCUGCUGAACAAAGAUUGCAUCAAUGGGAGCCUCCAAAGGCUGAGGAGCUUGCGGAUGACGACAUUCUAAGGGUCAAAAUCGCAGAUCUUGGUAACGCGUGCUGGAUCUACAACCAUUUCACGGAUGACGUUCAGACUCGCCAAUAUCGUGCACCAGAGGUGAUACUGGGUGCCCAAUGGGGAUGCUCGUGUGAUAUCUGGUCUGUUGGUUGUUUGAUAUUUGAGCUACUGACAGGAGACUAUCUGUUUGAUCCCACUGAAGGAAGAUCGUUUAGCAAAAAUGAUGACCAUCUUGCCCAAAUAGUCGAGCUGCUUGGGCCAAUUCCUCAAGAACUGAUCGCAGUCAGUCGUAAUGGAAAACUUUUUUACCAUUCUGACCUGCAGCGUCUCAGAAGAAUCAAAAACUUGAAGCCAUGGCCAUUGCAAAACGUCCUGAUGGAGAAGUACAAAUUCAGUGAGACGGAUGCCCACGAGAUCACCGAUUUUCUCUCAGGAAUGUUGGUUCCUGACCCCAAAAAGCGAAUGGAUGCUGCCGGACUGUCGAACCAUUAUUGGCUGAAUGACUGUAACGUUGAAGGUUAUGUCGACCGAGAGGUUGGUACGAGAGGAGAGGACAUCUCAGGAUGGUACAAAGAGGUGAGAUUGCAUCACCACCAUCGUUAA